GAACUUUGCCGAAACACGUGGCGAAAAAAUCACGACCAUUACAUUGCAAGACAUAUUGCAAAAUUUCGAGGAUAAUUCCUUAAUAAGGGCAAUUUAUGAUGUCUUCACAUGUUAUUCGCAAUCCGGGAUUUCCUUUAAACYUAACGUGGGUCGAAAAUUCACGGGUAAAUCUCCCAGCAGUGAAACGACGAGCGGACACGUUAAAAACACGAAGAUCCAUCAAAAAGCAAUGGCAGGCUGCAUGGCUACUCCGUGCAGUUACUUGYAUUGAUCUAACAACUCUUGCWGGCGACGAUACAAUGACUAAUGUGAGUCGCUUGUGCUUCAAAGCGCAGAAUCCAAUCCGCAAAGACUUGCUCAUAAGCAUGGGAAUGGCAGACGAAAAAGUGACAACAGGGGCUGUGUGUGUUUAUUUAUCGAGAGUAGACGAUGCUGUUCACACUCUUAAAAACCUUGGAUCUAAGAUCCCUGUUGCUUCUGUUGCAGCUGGUUUUCCAGCAGGUCAAACUCCGAUGAAACAAAGGAUCCAAGAAAUAGAAGCAGCCGUCACUGCUGGAGCUACAGAAAUCGACAUCGUGAUAACAAGGGCCCAUGUUUUGUCUGGUAACUGGCAGGCUUUAUAUGAAGAAGUGCUUGCGAUGCGAAAAGCAUGUGGCGACGCCCAUCUGAAGACCAUUCUAGCUACUGGUGAAUGUGGUUCCCUUACAAAUGUAUACAAAGCAAGUCUAGUUUCCAUGAUGGCAGGAUCAGACUUUAUUAAAACAUCUACUGGGAAAGAAUCUGUAAAUGCAACAUUCCCUGUUGCCUUGGUGAUGGUUAGAGCUAUCAGAGAUUAUUAUCAGCGCACAGGUCAUAAAGUUGGCUUUAAACCUGCUGGAGGAAUUCGCAGUGCUAAAGAUGCCCUAACAUGGUUGGCACUAAUGAAGGAGGAGCUAGGUGACGCUUGGACCCACCCAAAUCUGUUCCGUAUUGGUGCUAGCUCUUUACUUGGUGAUAUUGAAAGACAACUAUUCCACCAUGUAACAGGAAGAUAUGCUGCUGCUCAUGAGCUUCCWAUGGCCUAAUGAUUUUAGUCAUUUUACUUUUGUAAACUUUAUUUAUGGCUGCAUAUACAAUAUUACUCUUCGAUGCCUUGUCAGGGCCUGGGGAUCUCAAUAAUUGAGGUGAAAUAUUUUAUGGGAUCUGAGGCAAUAACUCAUGCCUGUAAAUGUUAUUCAUUAUAAUAAAACAAUCAAUAAAAGAGUUAUUUUACAAUUAUUAGUUGAGAA